ACCCGGACCCGAGGGAGUAGGUGGAAUGGUUGAUGCGCUCCCCGCGGUUGCCAUCCUAGCUGAACGCGGCGAACAGCACGCCCAACGGUGCCGCCGCCGCCGCCGCCUUCGAAGCCCCCGCCCUCGUGAUGGAACCCUCGUUCGAUGACGUCCCCGAGGUCGUCGGCUGGAUGUCGUCGAUGGUCGACCGCGGCGGCCGCGCGAGCCAGGAGAGCCACCGGCUGUUCCUGGCGCGGCGCACGGCGCUCGAGAUGCUGCGGGACCGCGGGUACAGCGUGCCGGAGUCCGAGCUCGCCCGCACGCUCCCGGAGUUCCGUGCGUGGUGGGCUCCGGAGCCCGAGGUCGAGCGCCUCACCUUUUCCACCUUCCUCGCCUCCGACCAUUCCGACAAGGUGAAAAUUCUAUUCUGUGGACCAGAACCUGUCAAAAUCGCAACUAUCCAGGAGAUAUAUGACCAGAUCGAAGGAGAGAACUUGUCCAGACUUAUUUUGAUAUUGCAGGGAAAGAUAAUGCCUAGAGCUAAAGAGUCUGUUAAGGAGAAAUUCACAUUUAAAGUAGAUAUUUUUCAGGUCAAUGAGUUACUGGUUAACAUUAGUAAGCAUGCCCUGAAGCCCAAGCAUGAAGUGUUGACUGCAGAAGAAAAGGCCAGGCUCCUGAAGAAGUACAAUGUGCAGGAUUCACAGCUCCCUCGCAUGCUAGAGACCGAUCCUGUUGCUCGCUACUAUGGCCUCGGCAAGGGAACCGUGCUUAAAGUUACAUAUGACAGUGAGCUUACUGGGAACCAUGUGACAUACCGAUGUAUUUUCUGAGGGCUGCAUGUGUUUCCAUGGAUGAAAGGUGUAGCAAGCUGUUUGUAAAAUCGUGUUAGCUCUAUGCUGAUUCAUUGGCCUGAAGGUAUUUGGGACUUCAGGCGUGUUACACCGAGCAUGGUCGACUGGAUUCAAGCCGUAUCCGUUUACUAGAGCUAGCAUAGGUUUUACAUACAAAUCAGAUGUCAGAAACCUGAUUAAGAUGAAGAACCAAGAAAGGAAAAAAGAUUGACUGUCAAACAAUCUUUCUUCAGCUAA